GCCCCAUCUUUUAGUUUGCAAUCUUUUGAACACAUCCCAGCUCUUCAGUUAGCUAUUUAAGCUCAGCUCAACUAUAACACUGACACUUCAAUCAAAUAUAUUUUUAUUCCAGAGAUUCCGAGAUUUUAAAGUUGAAUAUGAUUGCCAAUUCUACCCAUAUAUCAAACAGAAUUUUUAAAACCCAAAGGCUAAUCACUCUAAUGAUAGCAUCUGUAUUGAUUUUAUUUUUAUUUAUAACUGGAUAUGCCGCUCACUCACAAUUGAAACAAAAUCCAGAAGCAUAUAAUAAGGCCAGUGAUAAGUUGGCAAAUUAUUACGGUUCUACUAUAGGCAAGAUUUUUAGUGACGAUCUUGCUUUAGAACAAGAAGCAGAAGCAGAAGAAGUCAAAGAGGCCAAGUUGAAAGCAGAGAAGGAAGCGUUAGAUCAGAAGUCGAGUAGAAAUUACAAUCGCUUACUAUAAAUGUACUUAUAUAUGUAUAUAAUGAUAUUAUUAUGCCAAUUCAUGAUUUGUAAAAUUAAAAGAUG